CUCACAACACGAUGAAGAACAAUCUCAAAACCCGUGUUGUAUCACCCAAAUCCUUCCCUUUGGAUCCCGGCUAUGAACAAACACGCACCCCUAUCAAAAGUCUGCGUCCUGGCCACCGUAGUACUGGACACCGUUCGCGCGAUUCAAGCCUCCUUCUGAACCUCCCCAAUGAAAUUCUGUGGCUUAUCGUGGAACUGAUCGCAGAAGAAAACCAGGGCCGGUUCUUAUCCCAAUUCGCGCUGGUACAUCGGCAAUGCUGGCAACUUGCUCGGCCGUACCAGUUUGCUGACAUCUGGAUCACUCGCAGCGAGCUAUCAUCCGACUUCCUGCGCCACCUGGAGACCGAGGUUAACAGUGGAAAGGAACCACUCAUCGGAAGUUACAUCCGAUCUUUGACUAUCAACGUCCAUGAAGACUUCAUAAGCAUCGACUUUAUAUCGGGACUUCCAACCUCAGACCGCUCUUCCGUGGAAGACUGGAGGUAUAAAUGGGAGUUGUUCAUCGAUAGAAUCGGUAUCGUCGUGAGAACAUCACUGCCCAACCUUCGUCAGGUGUAUUGGAUGAACACGGGUGAGUUGAAUCCUAAGAAACAACUACUCCCAGCAGUACUUGAGCGUGCUACACCGCUCGGACGCUUGGAAACGCUCUAUUUGGAGGAUUUUGAAUUCUACUUCAACAAUACAGACGAGGUCAACUCUAUCUUGCAUCCAUUCCACUCAUUUUGUCUUCGGGAUUUGGCUUUUGGAUUCUGUCGAUUCCCGCCGUUUCAUAUCAGCUGGGGUGGUGCGACGAUACUGAUCUACGAGUCCCUUUUGCGUCGGUCUGCACCCACUCUCGAGUCUUUUGUCUGGAACUCGUCGGCUCCUGUUGCUCCCAUUACGGAAGACCUGCAAGGAAUGCAGCUCAUUUUUCGCAACGGCUUUAUUCCCUUUGAGAGACUCAACAAAUUCUGGGCUUCCAUCACAGAUGAAAUCCAGGUGACCGUCAUAGAGUCUUUCUUGGCCGCGCCCUUGCAAAGCUUUGCGCCUUCGAGACAGAUUUGCUCCUUGAUGUUAGCAAACAGUCUGCCCGAAAAGUAUUCUUUACCUCACCCUCGCAUAGACGCGGUAACCGGCGUGGAAAAUGCAAUCCAGUACGACAAACGAGUGGAGUACGUCGACGAAGUUAUGCAACUGGGGCGUCGGUAUGGUCCGCAACUAGACGAGCUCUUUGUUUACCUUCGAGGUUUCGUCGACGAAGACUUGGAUCUGUUUCGAACUCACUUCUCAAGUGGGAGCUUCUCUAAUCUACGCUCAUUGUGCUUCUCCUGGACCAGUGAUGUCGACCUAGGGAUGCUGCAGGCUGUUGGUUCAAAUCUAUUGGCAUUGGAGGAGCUGUCUUUUGGCUUUCAGCCCGAGUACGAUGAAACUGCAGCACUUGCACCUCACCGUCCUCACUUCGAUCAUUACGUUCGUGACCCACCAUGUCACGUUGACAUCAUUGCCGCCAUUCAACCUCUCCAAAAUCUGGAGAGGCUGAGCGUAUUUGGCGACGAAUAUGUUGCGGAUUGGGCUGGUAACCACUGGGCGUGGAACCGUUUCUUCAAAGAUCACGUCUGGUUCCAUCAGGGGCGCAGCUUUAUCCAACCAGAGAGAAGGGGUUUCCCCGGAGAAGGCCAGACCUGGUCCGAGGCAGAACGCGGCCACAAAAGGCCUGGAGAUGAAGUGGAAGACUGGCUGACGCCUUGGGUCACUGGGACUGAGACUCUUGACGACGCACGCCAUGCUGUCGCUGAAUUGGCGGCGGAAUAUGCAGAGGCGUUACCCAAACUGAAGGAGUUCAUGAGCGGAAGGGUCUUGGUCGACAUCACAGGCAGAUGA